UAAUUUGGGUGGGAAAAGUCUCACAUCCCACAGUACCUACCAAGUCACAGAAGACAGAACCAAUAUCCCCGAAACUAGGGUCCACACCGCAGUCGUUGUUCCCAUUUAAACUAACUACAGACUUGAUCUAGAAUGACCAAUCAAAUUAACAACCAAGCAAUAUAGCAAUUUACUUCGAUUAAAUAUUAGCAUGAAACAAUAAGCUACUAAGUAGUCUACGGAGCACAAAUAAAUUGUCUUUGAAACAUCAAAUUUAUAGUAAAAAGAUAUAACGAAACGAGGGUGACAGACAGACAGCUGAUCUAUCGUCUUAUUUUUACUUAUACUAUAUCCAAACAAGUGCAAUAUCUUAGAGAAUGUCGAAACCUAGCGCAGCUCCCGCUCCCGCUGCUGCUCCAGCUCCCGCUGCUCAACAAAUCCCCCUUGUAAUGAAAUUUGUUUUAGGCGGAUCAGCUGGAAUGGGGGCAACAUGUAUAGUUCAACCCCUUGACCUUGUUAAGACGAGAAUGCAAAUCUCGGGCGUUGGAGGAGCUGCCAAGGAAUACAAGAACUCAAUUGAUUGUCUGACAAAGGUAAUUACCAAUGAAGGACCUCUGGCCGUUUACAAAGGACUCGGAGCUGGGCUUCUCAGGCAAGCUACUUACACAACCGGCCGCCUCGGAGUGUACACAUAUUUGAACGAUUUCUACAAGGUCAAAUUCAACGCAGAACCACUUCUGCUAGCUCGCAUGGCCAUGGGAGUGGUUGCUGGUGCCUGUGGUGCCUUCAUUGGAACCCCAGCCGAAGUAGCUCUGAUCCGGAUGACAGCCGAUGGCCGAUUGCCUGUGGAGCAACGACGAAACUAUACAAAUGUAGCCAAUGCCCUGUCACGAAUUGUGAAAGAAGAGGGCGUCGCAACUCUUUGGCGUGGUUGUGUGCCGACAAUGGGCAGAGCAAUGAUCGUCAAUAUGGCCCAGUUGGCAUCUUAUUCACAGGCCAAGAGCAUGUUCAUCAAAAAUUUCGAAAUGAAGGAAGGUCUUCAGUUGCAUUUCGUGGCGGCAAUGCUGUCGGGAUUGAUAACGACAAUUGCAUCUAUGCCCGUGGACAUAGCCAAGACCCGGAUCCAGAACAUGAAAUAUAUAGACGGAAAACCCGAAUACAAAGGAGCAAUCGAUGUUCUGGGAAGAAUCGCCCGCCAAGAAGGUAUUCUCGCCUUGUGGAAGGGCUUCACACCAUACUACUGCCGUCUGGGGCCACACACAGUCUUCACAUUCAUCUUUUUGGAGAACCUAAAUAAAUUAUAUUUUAAGCACGUUCUCGGAACAAGUGGCGGAUCGGGCCUUUAAAGGUGCAAAGUGUACCAACGACGGAGAGACGACAAUAAUAUUGCAUUUAGAUGUUGAAUAUAAUUCCAAAUGAAACGAAUAAAAUAAUCGUAGAGUAGAAUUAUAAGUUAUGAAUUAUGAUAUACAACCUUUUUUUGUUUUCCCAAUCCAAACGAAUUAUAUUUGUAGAUUUUCACAAGCAAUACGUUUCGAAGUGUGUAAAUGUUACCAAAAUAAAUUAUAUAUAUAUAAAAUUGUUAUGUUAAA